CCCGAACACCAAAGUCCUGCUAAUCGAAGCUGGUGAGCAAAUGGGCUACUUCACCAGGAUGCCUCUAACGCCGACUGCAGCACAGCAGGGACCAAACGACUGGUCCGUGAGAACAGUACCACAAAGAUACUCAUCUUUUGGACUUUGGCGGCAGACACAAAUCCUGCCACGCGGAAAAGGACUCGGCGGCUCCGGACAAAUAAACUUCCUCCUUCACGGAUCUGGUUCGCCCCGAGAUUACGAGAAAUGGUCUCAACUCGGCUUCGAAGGUUGGACGUUUGAGGACUUGAAGCCAUACUUCUUGAAGGCAUUUGGGACAACGGAGAGUGAAUUUGACACUGAACCCUGUUACGAAGAUGGCUUUUGUCCAAAAUCAAUGGCGCCAAUGAAACUAGUACUAAAUCACCGCGACGAACUUAUGACGACAUUUAAAGAAGCUUCAAGACAGACAAAGACAGAGUACACAAAGUUUCAAAAAGCCACAGCGACAAUUAAGGACGGUGUCAGACACGUCUCGUUCGACGCGUACCUGAAGCCGGCGCUGCAGAGAGACAACUUACACGUUUUGCUGAACACCCAGGGUAUUUCAAUACGCUUCGAAAACAAGAAGGCAGUGUCACUGUACAUUUUGCUAAACCAUCGAUACCUUAACAACGUUUUCAUCAACAAGGACAUCAUUAUUUGCGCGGGCGCCAUUAAGACACCGCAGAUACUAAUGCUGUCUGGAAUCGGACCGAAAGAUUUGUUGCAGAAAUUGAAAAUAAAGCCGGUUGUGGUGAACGAGCACGUUGGCAGGAACUUGCACGAUCAUAUGAAUUUUCCCCUCUACGUCAGCAUCCAGAAGCCAAUCAGCGUGACCCUGGCGAAGGUAUUCACCGCGACGACCGUCUGGGAAUACUUGUGGAAAGGCAAAGGUCUACUGUCUUUCCCACCUGUCGCUGGAGUCGAAUACCAGAAUCCGUCUGCCGUGAUGCUGUUCUCCAUGGGAACAUCUAGUGAGAGACUGCUGCGGGAUCUAUCCAAUUACAAACCUCAAGUCUUUCGCGCAACGUUUCCAUUUCACAACUCGACAAGAAAGGAAGGGUUCAUGUUCCUAUCGACUUGCACCCAGCCCAUCAGCCGAGGGUCUGUCAGCUUAGCGGAUGCUAACACGAAAACUCCUCCCCUCGUAGACCCUCGGUACUUGGAGAGAAUCGAGGAUGUUCGGUGCAUGAUACAAGCAAUAAGGAGGGCAGAGCAGCUGGUGUCAACAAAGCCGUUUCGGGAUGUGGGAGCAAAGAUCCACUGGCCCAGACCUGAGCGUUGUCUUACCUUCUGGAACUACACGUCGGAAGACCAGAGGAGCAGAAAGAGAUUGAGAUUACAGCAAAAGCAACAGAAAUUUGAAAGAAAGAUAAAAUCUGCAAAAAUCAAUACUCCCCCGGAUACGUAUCUGGAGUGUUUGAUACGAGAGGUCGCGGUGACCGGCCACCACGUCGCCGGGACCUGCUCCGGUGGAACGGUCGUUGAUGACCAAUUACAAUUAAAAUCAGUUUCCGGCGUUCGCAUAAUGGACGCCAGCGUACUUCCGGCGCCGUUGUCUCUGUACCCGAACUCUGUGCUAAUAGCUAUGGCCGAAAAACUCAGUGAAAUGAUGCGAAAUAAUAUUUGAAUACAUAAUAUCGUUACAAUGAAA